GCGAGUCGUCUACCCAUCCAGGCAGCAACAGCAAUUGGGAGGAUGCGUGUCAUCUUUGGAGUCGUCUGAACUUACCGUCAAGCUGUCCAUGUGCCCUCGAUAAUAACGACACCUUGUCGCGCGCUAUACCUCCCCACCGCAUACCCAACUGCACGCCAACCUACCAGACACCAUGUCGAGCACCGACGGCGACGGCAAUGGCGCGUCAACCCUCCACGAAACGGUCGCGAACCUGGAUCCCCAGCCCAUUACCGUGGCAGUCAACCCGGUAGCGCUCGUAGUGACAGAAUGUAUCACCGUCACCUCGGCGAUGCGAAAGCAUGCCCGUUGGGCGCACUCAUCGGUCUCGGCCAUCUUGGGGAGCUCCUCGAACAAGACACCAGCUGUACAGCGGCGCGACCGCACAGGACAGAGCAUUGUGGCCACGGGAGAGCAAGACGAGGCCGUUCCAAGCAGAUGGGGACUGCGGGGGAAGAAGGGCAAGAGCAUGCAGGACAACCCCCUCAUGUCUGCAUUCGCGCGCCUGAGGAACGAUCUCAAGGGCUGUAAAGAUAUCAGGACAUUCGAUACGCCCUCUAUGCUCCAUCCCUUCCUGCAGGUCAUCCGCUCUUCUUCGACCUCUGCGCCAAUUACCUCGCUCGCCCUCAUUGCUAUUACCAAGUUCCUGUCGUACGGCAUUAUUGGCCAUGACUCUCCACGCCUACCAGAAGCUAUGCAGCAGCUCUCUUCUGCCAUCACACACUGCCGAUUCGAGGCCAGCGACUCGGCAGCGGACGAAAUUGUCCUACUCCGCAUACUCAGGCUGAUGGAAGUCAUGAUCUCGGGCCGUGGAGGAGAGGUACUCGGCGACGAGAGCGUCUGCGAAAUGAUGGAGACGGGCUUGAGCAUGUGCUGUCAGGCACGACUCUCAGAGGUGCUGCGACGCUCGGCCGAGGUUGCCAUGGUGUCCAUGUGCCAGGUCAUAUUCAGGAGAUUGAAGACGCUCGAGAUCGAGUCGCCAGAGGAACUGGAGGCCAUGGACGAAGAGCUGGAUGGCAAAGAUGAGCACGAUGGCCUACGCAUGGACCCAACAGCGGACGGCGAAGGCGACGCUGCUCAGCACAAAGUCGAAGCACUCCAGCUACCGAGCGACUCGGAAAAGGGCCAGGAAGACAGCGAGAGCACCGCAAACCCAACGAGUAGUACCGUGGAUCUUCCAGCGACAGCAGCAAACGGGGAGCCUCAGCCUGCUGCCGAGAUCAAGCCGUACUCAUUACCAUCCAUACGGGAAUUGUUCCGAGUACUGGUCGAUCUGCUGGACCCACACGACCGACAGCAUACAGAUACUAUGCGGGUCAUGGCGCUACGCAUUGUCGAUGUUGCGCUCGAAGUCGCUGGCCCAUCAAUCGCAAGCCAUCCCAGCCUUGCGAACUUGGCCAAGGAUACGCUGUGCCGCCACCUCUUCCAGUUGGUCAGGUCGGACAACAUGGCAAUUCUGAAUGAGUCGUUGCGAGUCGCUGGCACAUUGUUGGCGACAUGCAGGAAUGUACUCAAGCUGCAACAAGAGCUGUACCUUUCAUACCUAGUCGCUUGCCUCUUUCCAAGGGUCGAGAUACCAGUAGAGCCUGGUAUUGAGCCUUCGCUAUACGAAGGCGUCCCACAUGCGCCUAGUCUCAUCAAGCAGCCACCACCACAGAACAGUGGCAGUGGCCGGUCCACCCCAGUACCUGUCAAGGACAGACAAAAGCUAGGGCUGGAGGGGGGCGCUCGGAAGCCUGAUGCUCGAGAAGCCAUGGUGGAGAAUCUGGGUGGUUUGGUACGGAUACCGUCAUACAUGGCCGAACUGUUUGUCAACUAUGACUGCGAGACCGACCGCGGCGAUGUCUGCAUGGACAUUGUCGGACUUCUCUCAAGAAACGCCUUUCCCGACUCUGCAACCUGGAGUACUGUUAAUGUACCACCUCUCUGCCUGGAUGCUCUUCUCGGCUUUGUCCAGUCUAUGGCAGAUCGCCUGGACGACGAGCCGGUGACUGAAGGUUACCCCAGCGUCGAAUCGCUUCGCGAACAGCGAGCACGCAAGGCCGUUAUCAUCAAGGGCGCGACCAAAUUCAACGAGAAGCCGAAAGCCGGCAUCGCAUAUCUCGCGUCGCAAGGCAUCAUAUCAGACCCUGACGAUCCUCAAUGCAUCGCUCAGUUCGUCAAGGGCACGACAAGAGUCGACAAGAAAGUUCUCGGAGAAUUCAUUUCGAAGAAAGGAAACGAAGCAUUACUCAGCGCCUUCAUCGACUUGUUCGACUUUACUGGGCAACGCAUUGAUGAAGCGCUCAGACAACUUCUGCAUACCUUCCGUCUUCCUGGUGAAUCUGCACUCAUUGAGAGAAUUCUCACAGAGUUCUCUGAAAAGUAUUUCAAGAUGGCCAAGCCCGAAGGCAUUGCCAACGGCGACGCCAUCUAUAUUCUUACCUAUGCAGUUAUCAUGUUGAACACGGACCAGCACAACCCGAAUAUGAAGCAGAAGCGAAUGCAACUGGAAGACUUCAGAAAGAACGUGCGCGGUGUCAACGAUGGAAAGGACUUUGACCCAGAGUUUUUGGAGGGAAUCUACGAAUCCAUCAAGAACCGCGAAAUCAUCCUGCCAGAGGAGCAUAGCGAUCGAAAUGCCUACGAUCACGCAUGGAAAGAACUACUAGUCAAGUGCCAAUCAACGUCAGACAUUGUCAUCUGCGACACCAACAUCUUCGACGCAGACAUGUUCGCGGCAACUUGGAAGCCCAUUGUAGCAACACUGUCAUAUGUCUUCAUGUCUGCUACUGAUGAUGCCGUCUUCUCCCGCGUCGUGCAAGGUUUCGACCAAUGCGCUCAGAUUGCUGCAAAAUACGGGUUGACUGAUGCUUUGGAUCGCAUCAUUUCAUGUCUGUCAUACAUUAGCACACUGGCGCCGGAUGUGCCACCAAGCACCUCCCUAAACACCGAAGUGCAGGUUGACAAGAAGAGCGUCAUGGUCAGCGAGACGGCUGUGCGGUUCGGUCGUGAUGGCCGAGCGCAACUGGCAACUGUCGUGCUGUUCCAGGUCAUCAAAGGCCACGAAGCAUCGAUAAGAGAUGGAUGGGAAUACCUCAUUCGUAUCAUGGUCAAUCUCUUUGUCAACUCGCUCAUACCACCUUACUUCCUUUCUUUCCAGAAAACACUUGCCUUGGCACCAAUCCCUCUGCAGAACCCUGCUCAAGUCAUUGACCGUGCUGAGCGUCCUGCGGAUACUGGAAUCUUCUCAGCUUUGACCUCUUACGUCUCAAGCUUUGCCAAUGACGAGCCGCCAGAACCAUCAGACCAGGAGAUAGAAUACACGCUUUGCACUGUCGACACAGUCAAGGAAUGCCAUUUCGAAGAUAUCUUGGCAAAUAUCAGCCAGCUACCUAUAAAGUCUCUGAGAUCACUACUGGAUUCGCUACUUCAGCAUCUGCCCGAAGAUGGCUCGCCAAGAGUCAUGGUGGUGAAGCCGGAGCUUCCAACUGCAAGCCCGCGAGCACCUGGUUCUCGGCAGAAAGGCAAGGGUCCUCUCUAUGACCCCAGUCUUGUCUUUGUCCUCGAAUUGGCUACUGUACUAGCACUGCGCGAUGAUGAGACUGUUAAGGAGCUUGCAAAGGAUGUGAUAGAAGCACUGUCGUCUGUCAUCCGAGACGCCACCAAGCAUCACUACGUGGUGAUUGCGCGGUCGGUGUACUAUCUCUUGAGCCUGUUGAAGGCUAGCAAUGAUUAUGACUUCAUCCGGGCGCCAGUUCUUAUGCAUACUUUCUCGAGUUUCAACGACGCACUGCUGCAAGAGUGUGCACAGCCAAUCCUCAAAGGCUUGAGUGACUGUUGCAAGGGACCCAAUGCGCUCCGCAGUGAACUCGCUGGCUCACCAGACUUUUGGACUAUCCUCAACAGACUAGCCAGUGUACCCGAUGCUGCUGGAGACGUCUUCUCGCUUGUGGAAGAACUGACCACAUCGCCUCAGCCAGGCAUCACUGCAGACAACUACGAGGCUGCGAUAGCGCUCCUAAAUGAAUUUGCAACUGCUGCUCAAGUGGGUGCACGAGAAGAGCAACUGCAUGACCAAGCUGUGCGGCGCAACAAGGGACAGAAGCCCAAGAAGCCCGAGAAUAGCGAGAUUGUUGUGCGUGGCAGCACUGCUAUGACCAUUGUCUACCAACUGUCCAAUCGAGUACCAAACUUUAUUGAACAGUCUCAUCUUGAGACUACUGAAGCGUGGACAGCAUACUGGUCUCCUAUUCUGAAGACGCUCGCACACCAGUGUUUAAACCCUUGUCGCACCCUGCGUCAACAAGCCUUUGCCUCUCUCCAGCGCACUCUUCUGUCGGCUGAUCUCGCCUCUCCGGACCAUAAGGAGUGGACGGCCAUCUUCAGUGAAGUGCUCAUACCCCUCAUCACCCAGCUCCUCAAGCCCGAGGUUUACCAAUCUGAUCCUCUCGGCAUGAGUGAAACGCGGGUCCGCGCUGCCACUUUACUCAGUAAAGUGUUCCUGCACUACCUAGUCCUGCUCGAUGGUCUCUGCGAGAAAGGAGAGAAGGGCUUGUUCGAAGAGCUCUGGAUUACAAUUGUCGGUAUCAUGGAUCGCCUGGGCAACAGCGGCCAAGGCGACAUGGAAGAAGCCGUAGCCGAGAACCUCAAGAACAUGCUCCUCGUACUGAGCAGCGGAGGCUACCUUGCCCCUCCGGACGAAAACCCAGACCGCGAAGAACUGUGGCAUGAGACUUGGAAGCGCAUAAACCGCUUCCAGCCCAAUCUCCUCGGCGAACUAUUCCCCGAGGAGGCAGGCAAGCCCGCACGCCCAAGGCCAAGCAAGGACGACAGGGCCGCUGUGAAGAGCCCGGUACCCCCCGUUGACGGACGCGAAAUGGAUGUUGCGGUGAGGACGAAGGAGGGCAGCGACAAGGCUGGUGAGGAAGAAGAAGCAGCAGCAGCAGCAGAGGAGGAGCCAAAGAAGAUGAAGGCCGAAGGAAAAGAUAGCUAGGAACUUCUUUCUCCCAUCGACGUUGCUGGCACAUGAGCUUCAGUGUAAAGUGCAUGCUUGGUUGCGGCAGGUUUGGUAGUAUUAGACGAGCUGCAAGUAAGGGAUGAAAAUAAUUGAUAUGCGUAUUCUC